AUGCAUUCAUUUCAUCAUGGACAUCCUAGACGCAUGUUUUAGGAUCAUGGCAUACUUGCAUACCGCGGAAAGAGGUCGGGCCUAGUGCGCCUCUUCCAUGGCCCCGUCCAGGAACCUUCGGGACCCAACGAGUUUCACAUACCGUGACAAGAGAUGGCUGAAGAGGAUUACGAGGAGGAGGUUCUCAAUGUCACGCUGCCAGCCACAUUUGAGACGUGCCUACUACAAAGAGAGCCCCGUAAGCAUUCAGGUGAACCUAGCUUGGCGGAGAGGGUUCAGGUGAACCUAGCUGUCUUCAUGGCUAAGUUCUUCCUUCUUAAGGGGAAGAUCCAUAGGAUGACUAUUCAAGCAGGACCUUUUGUUACUCGCCUUGCAAGAUCUUCUUCAUUUGUUCAUCUUGGGACUCACACAGCUUCAUCGAGUGGCAUUAAGGCAUCCAUUUUACAAAACGUCUUGAUCGAGAUGAGGAGCAUGAACAUGAGGAUAGGGAAUUUAGAGACUAGUGCCCGGGAUGCGAGGGACGUCAUGGAGACAGAGUUUGCGUCCCACGCGAAGCAAUUGAAGAGCAUGAAUGAGCGUCUGGAGUCAAACACCGAGAAGCUGCUAGGGCGAGACGAUGCUCGCGUUUUCGCUCUGGAUCUUCCCGACACCUCCGCCUCCACUUCCUUCACCGCCCCCUCAGCCGCCAGGUUCAACGGUUGUCUUGCCGGCGGACAGUCUCACCGCACCGACCAGGAGGGAGAUGGUAUUCAAUGUGCUGAGAGAGGUGUAGAAACAAGUGCAAGCAGAGACGCCAUAAGAGGAGAAGAAAUGGAUAAUGGAUCUUCAUCUGUAAAAGAUGCAAUCCAUUCGAGGCCUAUUCGACACCCUUGCCACUUUCUUGGAGUAGCUAAGCAAGCGUUCCUCAACUGCUUGGGCUUGGAUUCCAGUUCUGAGAGUCGUAAAAACAGAAAACAUGUGAAAGAAGACUAAUGUAAAUAAAUAUGGCAAAAUGAUAACAUAUACUAAACUAGGGCGUCCUCUGAAUGCUGAAGAUGUGCUACCGCCACGAGAGAUAUCACAAGGUUAAUGCAUGAUAAUUCAAUCCCUGAUCGACAGCCCGAAGUCUAACCACAUUUUAUGUAUGUACCAUCUGAAACUGUAAAAAAUUACACUGUUUAGCGACCACUGUUGUACAUUUACAUUCUGUGAUCUGAAGCCAGCCACAAACUGCCCUCUUUACUUCUACAAAUUAAUGUUGAGAUGAGUU